AAUUAACAUACCAUUUAAAGUAUAGAUGUCUUAUAGGAAAACUUGUUAUACAAUAUAUUGUUAUAAUGUCUACUUUCGUUUUACCCUCAUUGUUGUAAGCGAUGUAAACAAACCGGCAUGAUCAUGAAAAGAAAGGGUGCUUUAAUCGUCUCUUUAGUCGCUAUUGUUUUAAGUGUGCUAUUUGCAGAAUCAUGGGUGCUUUCGCUAGAAAGCAAAUUAAGAGGAAGAAUUCUCAGAAUUCAAGUUGUGAUAAUCAUACAAUGUGGCGUUGCAGUUAUAUCAAUCUUUUUAUGGAAAAAUCUGUCUUCUGUAUUUCAGACCAAAGGUCAUGAUGCAUCGCCUCCUCGACUUUUGUGGAAAUUUAUACUUAUACUGUAUACAAUGCUUGCCCAUGGAAGUUAUUUAUCGAACAUUUUUCUUGUCAGAACAGAACCAUCAGUCUUAGCCAUAGUUAGUUACUUGUGUUUAGGGGCACACAUUCAGAUGUUUACAUUCUUGAUCAUAGCUAAAGCAGUUGGCUUCAUGAUCAGACUUUGCAAAAAGAGACCAUUAAAACAUAAUAGUACAGCCAUAUUUGCAAUGUUUUAUGGUUUCUUAAUAACAAGUUAUGGCUAUUACAGAAUUUGUCAACCACCAAUGGUUAAAAAUGUUACUAUUCCAAUUAAAAAUUUGCCACCCUUAUUGAAUGGCUUUACAAUCACAUUACUCAGUGAUAUUCAUAUUGGGCCAACUGUAGGAAAGAAACAGCUUGAAGUUGUAGUUGACAUUACCAACAAUCUUCAGUCAGAUGUUGUUGUAAUUGAUGGGGAUUUAGUUGAUGGUGUUGUUUCAAAGCUAAAGGAUGCAGUACAGCCACUGAGGGAUAUUAAGUCAAAAUAUGGAGUAUUCUAUGUCACAGGUAAUCAUGAAUAUUAUACUAUGGAUGUAGAAAACUGGAUGGAAACAUUAAAAGAAUUAGGUGUUCAAGUAUUACACAAUACUAAUGUUAAAGUACCAGCAGACAAAGCAGACGACAAUUCCUUAUGUUUUGUUGGGACUGAUGAUAUAGAAGCAGAUAGGAUUAGGUACGAUGGACAUGGUAUGAAGCUGGACACUGCUAUUAAGGGUUGUUCCAAGGAACAAAUCACUAUUUUAUUGGCACAUCAGCCGAGUGCAGCAAAAAUUGCAUUGCAGUCAAAUAAUAAAAUUGAUUUAAUACUAUGUGGACAUACACAUGGCGGUCAAAUGUUUCCCAUAAUAAUAGGUGCCUAUUUAACAAAUCCUUUUUAUGCUGGACUGUAUCAGCAUGGAGAUUCAUUUAUUUAUGUAACCAUGGGGACUUAUUACUGGGGAUUCCCCAUGAGAAUUGGCACCCAACAUGAAAUUACAAAAAUAACACUAGUGUCAGUGUGAUUAAAAUGAUUGUGUUAUGUUAUGUGCCCAAAAUCAUUAAAUGUUGCUGUAAAGUUAUCAGUAUUUUAUAAAUUACUUGCUUAAUUGAUAUGAUUUCAAUUGGAAAAUUAAGUUCUUAUCAUCAUGCAUGAGUGCACAUGGUUGACUGAUGAUUUAAUGACUAUUAAUUUCACAUUCUUUCAUUUUGCAGAUGC